CGGUCCGGAGACCAGCAGAGGGAAUAUUUUACUUUUUACGUUUCCCCCCCGAAACAUUACACAGUCACAAAGCUGGACAAGCGGACAAACAGGAGGAAAACACCGCUGUCACGUCGACGACGACUAGUGCGCGAGCCGCGCCGUCGCUCUCGCUCCCCCGAUGUUCGAGCGCCACCUUAAAAAACCCGACGUCUGCUUCCAUGCACUUUUUUUGUGCAUUGACGUCAAACCGCACACGGCACCAAACAGAGGGUUUCUUCACAUUUCGUAUGUCUGAGUCAGACUAUGGACAGAUAGCCAGCCACUGGUGCCAAUACAGACCAAACCGACUGCGACCGGCUGCCGAUUUGUCUGUCGUCACCCCCGAGGAAGACGCCGUGUCCGAGGAUAAGCGCAACGCACCCACCGUUGCCCAGAGUGCGGCCCAGGCCUGCGACUGCCACGUCAGGCACCAUGAUGGAGGGCAGCAUGCAGUUGCUCAACCGCGAUGGGCACAGCGUCUCGCACAACUCAAAGCGCCACUACCACGACUCCUUCGUGUCCAUGAACAGGAUGCGACAGCGCGGCCUGCUGUGUGACAUUGUGCUCCAUGUUUCCAGCAAAGAAAUCAAGGCGCACAAAGUUGUGCUGGCCUCCUGCAGCCCCUACUUCCACGCUAUGUUUACUAAUGAGAUGUCAGAAAGUCGGCAGACCCAUGUGACCCUUCAUGACAUCGACUCUCAGGCUCUGGAGCAGCUGGUUCAGUAUGCCUACACGGCCGAGAUUGUGGUCGGGGAAGGCAAUGUUCAGACACUGCUCCCAGCAGCCAGUCUGCUGCAACUCAACGGGGUGCGGGACGCCUGCUGCAAGUUCCUCCUCAGCCAGCUGGACCCCUCCAACUGCCUGGGCAUCCGGGGCUUCGCUGACACGCACUCCUGCAGUGACCUGCUCAAGUCAGCACACAAGUAUGUCCUGCAGCACUUUGUGGAGGUGUCCAAGACAGAAGAGUUCAUGCUGCUGCCUCUGAAACAGGUCCUCGAUUUGAUCUCAAGUGACAAUCUCAAUGUGCCAUCUGAGGAGGAAGUGUACCGGGCUGUGUUGAGCUGGGUGAAACAUGAUGUAGAUGGACGCAGGCAACAUGUACCUUGGCUGAUGAAGUGUGUAAGGCUGCCGCUGUUGAAGCGAGACUUUCUGAUGAGCAACGUGGAUACGGAGCUGCUGGUGCGUCAUCACUCCGAGUGCAAGGACCUGCUGAUCGAGGCUCUGAAGUACCACCUGAUGCCCGAGCAGAGGGGCGUCCUCAGCAACAGCCGAACACGCCCGCGUCGCUGUGAGGGCGCCAGCCCUGUGCUCUUCGCCGUUGGUGGUGGCAGCCUGUUUGCCAUCCACGGAGACUGUGAGGCGUAUGACACCAGGACAGACCGCUGGCACAUGGUGGCUUCCAUGUCCACUCGGCGGGCACGGGUGGGCGUGGCAGCCAUUGGCAACAGACUCUAUGCUGUUGGAGGGUAUGACGGCACAUCAGACCUUGCGACCGUGGAGUCUUACGAUCCCAUCACGAACUCCUGGCAACCUGAGGUUUCCAUGGGAACACGGCGGAGCUGUUUGGGUGUAGCUGUCCUGCACGGCCUGCUGUACGCUGCAGGAGGAUAUGAUGGGGCUUCCUGUCUCAACAGUGCAGAGCGUUACGACCCUCUGACCAGUACAUGGACCUCAAUUGCUGCCAUGAGCACCCGUAGAAGAUAUGUCAGAGUCGCAACUCUGGAUGGCAGCUUGUAUGCAGUGGGAGGUUAUGACAGCUCCUCACAUCUCGCAACAGUGGAGAAGUAUGACCCCCAGAGCAACACAUGGACAGCCAUCGCCAACAUGCUGAGUCGGCGCAGCAGUGCCGGGGUGGCCGUGCUGGACGGCAUGCUGUAUGUCGCAGGAGGCAAUGACGGCACCAGCUGCCUGAACUCGGUGGAGCGGUUCAACCCCAAGACCAACACCUGGGAGGGAGUGGCCCCCAUGAACAUACGCAGGAGCACCCAUGACCUGGUGUCUAUGGACGGCUGGUUAUACGCAGUGGGAGGCAACGAUGGCAGUUCCAGUCUCAACUCCAUUGAGAAGUACAACCCGCGCAGCAACAAGUGGGUCGCAGCCUCCUGCAUGUUCACGCGGCGCAGCAGUGUGGGAGUGGCCGUGCUGGAGCUGCUGAACUUCCCACCACCCUCCUCGCCCACCCUCUCGGUCUCCUCCACCAGCCUUUGACACGGGGUCACCGCUUGGCUGAGCUCAGCCCCCGCUGCUACAGCCCAGGCUGGCUCUGGGAAGAGACGCAACUGCUCCGUUUGAGAUGGGGAGGCGGAACGAGAGGACAGAAGUAGACAGGUAAAUGGAUGGAAGCGGGAGAAGAAAAAGGGGAAAUGGUGUGAAUGAUGCACAUGGUUUAGUUUGUAUAGUGCCCUCAAUAAUUACUGGCACUCUUGGUAAAGAUAUGCCAACCAUGAUUCAGUCAUUUUAAUUUAAAAAAAUAUUCAUGGUAAAGCCAUUCUGGCUUCUUUUUACCAAGUGCCAGUAAUUUUGGUGUGCACUCUGUGGAUGCCUCCACUGUACAGCUCCACCCAACAGUUCACCAGCUCCCACUCUCUUCAAGUUAUUCCUGGAUAAAGAUGUGUGAACAUUGACCGGUCUUUCCUCAAGCCCCUCCCUCCCCCAUCACUCCAGUGUUUGACACACUCAUCGUGAAUCGUGGUGGGCACUACUCCUGUCAUGUGUGAUGUAAAUGUUUUUGGGUUUGAUGUUGCCGUCUUCUGCAAGAUUUUUAUUUUGAUGUCAGGAUCUUUUGUAAUAAUGUAUAAAAAAAGAAGAAGAGAGAAACGGAAUGAUUUAACUUUUGGAAUGUAGCGAUCGAUUGGUUAUACCAUGCAUGUUUACGUACUGGCAUUGACUCCCUACAUGAGGAUAACAUGUUGUAGUGCUACUAUGCCACACUAGGUGGCAGUGACAGACAAUGCUACGAACCCUUCCCACACUGCAAGAGCAUGGAUACCAACGACAGAAAAGCUAUAGGCCCUCAGAUCUGUAAAUGAGUUUGAAUCCUCUUUUUUUUAAACACACAGAACAAUUAUGUUGAACUGUAUGUAUUCAUAAAAUAUAUAAAUUCUAAUAUAUUCUUAUUUAAAGAUGAUUAUAGAAGGAAACAGAUCAGGCCUGUGCCUCUGUAAGAGUGAUAUUAAUAUAUAAAUUUAUAUGUGUGAUGUGCAUACCAUCAAUGGAAAUGACAAAGAGAAUGUGGACGUGUGAGAGGUAGUUGUUCAGUUUUUCCUGAGAGGACUGAUUGUUGCAUUUCUUAAUGUUUCUUCACUGCCACAAGCAUGAUCGCACAUGAAACGGCAACAUAUGUUUACGACAUUUGUGCAAAAGGCUUGGUCUGCUCGCACACCUAUUGACCAGUCAAUGAGAGGUCUGAAUAUUUUCUUUACAUAUCAAGAUAUAUCUUUAAAAAGACAUGGAGAUGGAAAUAAUCAUUGCAAUCAUGUGACAGUUUAAUAUCUUCUUUAAAACACAAAGUACUACUGUAGUUUACCGUCAGUAAACCAACACUUGACAAGAAUGACUAAUGUUGUUGACACUUGGUGCUGUCAUAUUCCCCUCUACACUUAUCAAGUGUAGUGUCUCGUUAUAUUACCUCAUUUUUUAAAUGGAUCCAAGAUAUUUGUACACCUGUGGGUGUUUUGGGAAUAUCACCUCUGAGAUUGCAUUUUCUAAAGUGAUCACUUUGAGUCUUUUCUCAGUUAAAGAGUCAAUACCUGGGUUCAGUUCAGUUCAUGUGUAGCGCAGUGACACCAUUCCAUACUUCUAGGAAGUUGUCUUUUUCCUUAUUUUGAAGGAUUUUUGUUGAUCUGGUUCUGUUAAUCUAAAAAACUACCUUAUUUUUCAUCUGUACGUUAGAGUGAACCCAGUAGAGUUGGGGCUGUGAUGGUCUUAUUUUGUCAAAGUCACAGGAAGAGACAGACUUAGAGAGAGAGGUGUUAAAAAAAAGCAAAAAUGAAAAGAUUUCUGCAUUCUGCUGAUUGAACUGUAAAUAUAACGAUCGCUUAAGUUAUGGAUGUGCAAUUUCAAUGUAACUUUUUUUUUUGUUUAAUGUGGUGAUGAGUGUUUAUUUAUGUUUGUUAUUUAUGAAGAACUUUAAAAUAUUGAAUUUUGCACUAUCAUGAAAUGGAGCAAUACGACACACUGUAAAAGAAUGAAAUAAAGUUGUUUUCAGAUGUGA